ACCAAGAUGUCGUCCGUCAGCUGUCCGCGAACCUUCAAUCGAAAUAAAUAAAAGUGCAUCCGUCGAAAACCGUAAUUGUUAACAGAAAUAAAUUUGAUGAAACGUUCGGACGCGUUCAGCAUGUAACAAGCAUGGGCUUUGGCGAAAAUGUCAACGGGCACAGCGACAUUUCUAGGCACUGUGAGAAUAAAAUGCAGCUGUACGCCCCUUCUCUUGGAGAAUUUGGACCGAAUUUCGGUGUUGUUCGCGGCGCGACUUGAGGAGGCCCACAGCAAAGACGAGUUUGUCGAUUUCGAAGUGCAUUCGUUGGCCCCCAGCGGGUGCGAACGCGCCCCCAGCGCUGACUUCAUAACCAGGUUGCAGAAAUAUGUAGACGACAUUUGCGGCGAAGGAUGUCAGCGUUCCGUUGCUGGCGAAGAUUCCAGCUACGAUUCGGACUACGAUGCUGAUCCGACGCCUAGCCGCCACCAAGAUGUCUCGAGAACGGCCAGCGACACGCUCGCCGCUGAAUACGCCGAGUACGUCGAGACGACUCCAUCGGAUGCCUCACCUGGUUACACGGCCCGCGUGGAGUUCGCCCUGAAGCUCGGCUACACCGAAAAGCUGGUGCAGGCGGCGUUACAGAAGUUGGGGCCCUCGCCGGCGCAAAACGAGUUGCUAGCAGAGUUGAUCAAGUUGGGGGCACAGAAGGGGGGCUCAUGCGAUAGCAGUCCGUCGGAGAGCACGCUGGACGUGACCGAUGUCCAAGGGGAACAGGCCGGAGGGCACACACUGAGGCCGAUCGUUAUCGAUGGCAGCAAUGUGGCGAUGAGUCACGGCAACAAGGAGAUAUUCUCAUGUCGCGGCAUAAAGAUCUGCGUUGACUGGUUUAAGGCCCGCGGCCACAAAGACAUCACCGUCUUCGUGCCGAAAUGGCGGAAGGAAGCCCCCCGUCCCGACAACCCCGUCCGUGACCAAGACAUUUUGGCAGAACUGGAAAAAGAAAGACUGCUCGUAUUUACUCCCUCMCGUCUCGUCGGCGGCAAACGAAUGGUCUGUUACGACGAUCGCUACAUCCUCCGUUUGGCGGCCGAAGAGGACGGCAUCGUCGUCAGCAAUGACAACUAUCGAGACCUCUGUCAAGAAAGCGCCGAAUUUCGCAAAGUUGUUGAAGAACGAAUCCUUAUGUACAGUUUUGUCAAUGACCGUUUCAUGCCUCCGGAUGACCCCCUCGGCCGCUCCGGUCCCACCCUCGAAAAUUUUCUACGGACUCAACCCAAAAAGGGUGACCCRCCGCCCCCUUGUCCUUACGCGAAAAAAUGCACCUACGGCAACAAAUGCAAGUACCACCACCCCGAACGUGGACCAUUUCCUCACAAGAGUGUCACCGAACGAUUAUCAGAACACGCACAGAGACACCUCCAAGCCAGAGAAGGGGAUGUGAGGAAAACCCCUUUGGGGCGCACCAGAUCGAACAUCCCCCCGCCCAAAGAAGUACAACACGCGAUUGUCUCGAAAAGCCGUAGUGUGGACAAUGUGGGGUCUGCGCCCCCUCAGCCGGAGAAUCUCCACCGGAAGCUCCAAAGACAACUAACCCUGAAUCCCGCCUCUGAUCCACGACUGGUACGACGAUAUGUGGCACCACAGCCCCCAUACAUGYCGACGCCUAAUUGGGACAUGCAUCAGCAUGUGACGAGGAUCGCUUCGGCGCCGGAUUCGUACCGACCGUGGCCUCCGACAGCCCCCACUCAUAGACAUAUGCAGAGGAUGUCGAGUUGCUCUGAUCCGCAAUUAAACGUUUGGCCUCCGUUGUGGUCUCAAGGGGGACCACCGCCGCCGCCAACGCUUCAAGAAGAUGCCAGAAGGAAAUUACAUUAUCAUUUGGCGGCGAUUUUCCCUGAAGAACAAGUCACGCAAGCAAUGAGAAUGUAUCCGGACGAGACCAAUCCCCAGAAGAUAUGUGCAGCGAUUUUGUCCAUGUUUCCCAAGACUUAAUCGAGAGGAAUUUAAGGCCUUUUCUACGCACGUUUUGGAUCCACUUUUGACGAUUUGAGAACAUAUUUUCUGUGCGCGAUCUAGGGUUUUAUACUUCUAUGGGCUUAGGUGAAACUAAGUGUAUACGAGGUUAGGUCAGUUAUUAUCUAAACGUAAUGGAUUUACGACGAGGUGUAGUUUAGAUUGUCCAAAAUAACUUCAUAUUGAAGAAUUCAGAGUAAUGAUAGAGAAACUAAGUAGGUUAUUACUAAGUAGGAAUAACGCUUGCAAAGGAUUGUGGUGUCAACCCCUCUGUUUUUAUCAUGUCAAUAUAAUUAUUAAUCAAUAAGUUGAUACUAUGUAUCUCUAGUAAAAUUGUUGCAAUUUUGUAUUAUAGUAUAGUAUAUUGGAAAUUUGAUUCGUAUAGUCGACGAUUGUACAAGUCAAAUUUGAUACUAACCCAGUAUCAAUUCAAGUAUUGAUAUCGUAACUUGACGAAUACUCAAUAGAGAACUUUCUUGUAUCAUUGAAAAUGAAUCUGAAUUCGUUGUAAAUUGUGAUGCUUAAAAAUAGGUUUGUUUUUUGUAGAGGCAAUUUGUUAAAUUAACCCGUACUAUAGACUGUUCCGUCGAUGUUAAUGUGUUAUGUAUGCACGUUAAGUGUCUUUUUUUUUAGUAAAGUUGCAUAUUGCAUAGCAUUUUCUAAAUACUAAUAUUGUAAAGGAAAAAUACUCAUCAAUGUUUGUUACUGUGUGUUACAGUUCAAAAGAAAAUGCAAGUUUUGUUUUAUUUGGAAACAUGUUAUUUACAAAACGCAGAAUUAAUGUUUUAUAGUUUUAUAUUUUACUCAAUGUUAUUAACCUUGCAAUAUCUAUUUAUUUUUUAUUUUAUAAAUAUAAUUU